CACGUUCAAUAAGCCCUAUAUUGCGAUGGCAUGUUUUUCAAUCAAUUGCCUCGUAUACAACAGGCUUGGAUAGGUAAAGUAGGUAAUUUCGAAUUUUAGUGCACAGGCCACGUGUUUUACUUUUGAUGAUAUUCUGAAGUAUAGGAUAUUGAAGGAGUUCGGGAUUUUUCGUUUGUUGAUUCGUUCAAUGAUCGCCGUGCUAAAGAACACCGUUUUCGGACAUUGCAGUGCUGUCGUUGCCUGGUAAGGACGCCUGGCAUAUUGUCCAAUCAGAACUCUGAAUGACCUAUUCAUUCUUCGGAAUUCGGCCAAUCACAAGGUCUUAUACUGGUAUACUGAGGAGACGUCAGGUCGACCUAACUCGCGGAAAGUGCUGAAUGGAUGCAUCGUUGUUGAUGUGACUUUGUAGUGAAUAUGAAGAAGAAAGGCGAUGACGAAGAUUCGAGUGAAGAGGUAACGAAGACAAUAGACGUUGGAGGGUUUGGUCUCAACUGCUUAUGCAUACUCAUAGUGUCUCUGGUGGCUCUUUUUCUGAAGUUCGCUCCGAUUCCUCGCAGUGUUGGAAUCCAUUGCGAUGACGUCACCAUACGCAAGGAAUACAAAGGCAACACUAUUGGUGGACCACAAAUCAUUAUUUUGGUGUCGAUUACGACAGCCAUAGUUAUUUUGAUAACGGAAGGAAUCACAAGUUUUUACAGACGGCCAACAAUACCAAUACGCUACAAACUCGGUGCUUUGAAAUUUGGUGAAUUCCUCUACAAUUCUUUCAACUACUACUGGGGCUUCUUUUACGGCUUUGCGGGGUACUUUCUCAUUUGCUGCGUGAUUAAGAUCUACUGCGGAAGGUUGCGGCCAAAUUUCCUUGCCGUUUGCGAUCCCGACCCGGCCACGUUUAUUUGCGAUGGUUCAGAUGUCAACAGAUACGGGUAUACAGAAGAUUAUCACUGCCGGGGUGAUCCACGUUUAGUCAAAGACGCACGUGAAUCCUUCCCGUCUCUUCACGCAGCUUCAGCAGCCGGUUCGGCACUUUAUAUAUGUGCGUAUCUCAACGCCAAGAUAACUAAGCCAGUUCUUCAGCCAAUGCGGACUUUGUUUCAACUUCUAUUUGUGGUGCUAGCCCUUGUUGUCUCGCUGCAGCGUAUCACGGACAACGCUCAUCAUUGGACCGACGUCUUGGCCGGGUUUAUCAUUGGCAUUUUAGGAGCUAUUUACACGCUCCAUUGCGUCGUCCACUGGUUUACAGAGAGCAACGGCAUAGACAUAGACUUUUCUACAAACGGAUGCGUUGAACAUCCUCAUGUAAAACUAUCAUGAUAUCACGAUACUGGCAAUAGGCGCACUAGGUGUAUUUAGGUCCGUGAUGUGAGUACAUAUGACUGGUGUUCAAACAGUGAGGGUAAUAAGAUAAAUAAUAGACUAAACUAGAUAUAAGAAAAAUAUCAUUAUUUCAUAACAUUUGAAUACGAACAUGAUAAGACCACGGAUACCGUGUACAUUUCGAGCAGUGCUGUAACAACAACCAACUUCAGCGAUGGUAGAGGAAGCAAAAUGCUGGUCAACAAAAUGUUGUGACCUAAAUUUAAAACAUAAUAAUGUGCAUUUAAAAACUAAUCAGUGUUAAAGUAAAUUAUGUGUCUCAAUCAUCCCACAGAUAGCGUUUAUCGCCCAGUAUCCCCGCAAGGGCAACAUUAAACGGGCGGUAAAAUUCCUCUAAGAUAUCCCUCGUUAUAUUCCACAUUGGCCCGAUGACGUCAUCACCCUUUUUCUUUGCUUGAUUUGCUACUUCCGCGGCGACGAUAUCACGAUGUUUGCUGUCUUCUAAUUGAUCUGAAAGAAAGAACGCGUAUUCAGACGGAGUAUUUUAUUUAGUAACCAUGACGAGAAGUUUUUAUAUUUUUCCAUUUUUACUCUGACCAAACACCUUUUGCAAUGUACAUGUAAUUGUUAAUGAAGCCAUAUCAGUCUCGUGAGCACGAAGUCAGUAACAACCAGAAGUAACGACCAAAUUGUUACUGACAGGUCAGAGAAAACGUAUUGCCAUGUAUUUAAUUCCAUUUCUUACCGAUUUCUAAAAAUGAAAAAACCUCUUUUAAGGUCUUUGAUACGUCCUUCGCAUAGUCUUCCACUCGCAAGAAAAGAAACUGUUCUCGUGGGAAGAUUUUUAACCACUCUGCUAUGUAGACGGAAUACAGGCCUCGUUCAAGGCGAACCUAGGUAAACAAUAAACUGCUCAAUGUAUAAAGCACGUGGAUACUACAUAUAUACACAAAUGGAACGAACGUAUUCUUCUGCAACAUCGUUUCGAUCUGAAUGCCAUUUCUCUGCAUUUCGUCGUAAGAUUACUGCCACUGGCAAUUCACAGGAAAAUACAGAAGAUCAAGACAUUUCAUUUAUAUUUCAGUUCAUUUCACUCACCAGAAACUCAUUGUUCUCCCUAAAUAUAAAUGGGUCAUGCGCACAGGUCCGUAUGGGCUUCCUUUUUAAACAGUCAUAAAACAGUGCGGU